CAGUGACAGUGAGCUAGAACUGUCCAUGGUGCGCCACCAGCCGGAGGGGCUGGACCAGCUGCAGGCACAGACCAAGUUCACCAAGAAGGAGCUGCAGUCUCUAUACAGGGGCUUCAAGAACGAGUGUCCCACGGGCCUGGUGGAUGAAGACACCUUCAAACUCAUUUACUCGCAGUUUUUCCCUCAGGGAGAUGCCACCACCUAUGCGCACUUCCUCUUCAACGCUUUCGAUGCCGACGGGAAUGGGGCCAUCCACUUCGAGGACUUUGUGGUUGGGCUCUCCAUCCUGCUGCGAGGAACAGUCCAUGAGAAGCUCAAGUGGGCCUUUAAUCUCUACGACAUUAACAAGGACGGCUACAUCACCAAAGAGGAGAUGCUGGCCAUCGUGAAGUCCAUCUAUGACAUGAUGGGCCGCCACACCUACCCCAUCCUGCGGGAGGACGCACCCGCAGAGCAUGUGGAAAGGUUCUUCCAGAAAAUGGACCGGAAUCGAGACGGGGUGGUGACCAUUGACGAGUUUCUGGAGACCUGUCAGAAGGAUGAGAACAUCAUGAGCUCCAUGCAGCUUUUCGAGAACGUCAUCUAGGACAUGUGGAGGGGCCUGGGUGUCCACGGCCACCUCCACCCCAAGAAACCUCAAUCCUGCCAGGAGCAGCCUCCAUGAGAAACUUUUUUCUAAUGUAUUUGCAAAAAGUGAACAGUUUGCUCCAGACACACUCACACGCACACACGCACACAUGCACGCACGCAAGCUGUUCCUCUGGGCUGGCAGAGGCCAGGGAGGGGCUGAGUCUGGCUGAGAGCCAGGUCCAGGUGAGAGCUGCACAGGCCAGUGGGAGGAGGCUGCCUCGGGUGGGCAGCUGUCCACAGCCCGCCAGCCAUGGGGUGUUACCAGGAAGGGGCUCAGGCUCCCCUGUGGGGCAGGGCCCAGUCUCCAGAGUAAAGGCCCCUUCUGUGUGA